GGGGAGAGACCGGCACUAACCCCCCGCUCCGCCCCGGGCUCGGCCCGCACCAGCCCCCGAGCCGGAGCCCGCAGGCUUGGAAGGAUGAGAUUUUUGUCGUAAAUGUCAGUUUCUCCCUAUACACAGAAAAGGGGCCGGUGACCUUCGAGGAGGUGGCUGUGUAUUUCACCCAGGGCUGGGGGCUCUGCUGGAUCCCAGUCAGAGAGCCCUCUACAGGGACGUCAUGCAGGAGAAUUACAAGAUGGUGACCUCACUGGAGCGUGUUGGAAUGGCGAAUGAGAAGGAGAAUCCAGAGCACGAAGGUGGUGAGGACGUAGGUCUGCAGGGAACGGUAUUGGGAAAAUCCGAGGGGAAUUUUUAUGAGAGUCAUAAACGAGGAAAAACCUGCAGAAACCAGCGCAGGUCAGAGAGGCUGCUGGGAUACGACCCAGGGAAGAAAAUUUGUGAACCCAUAAAUGAUGGUGGAGAUUGCAAGGACCUCAAGGAAACCACAGCCCAGCAGAGAAUCCCCACAGAAGAGAGAAAAAACACAUGCACCGAGUGUGGGAAAAGCUUUAUUCGGAGGUCACAUCUUAUUUCCCAUCAGAGGAUCCACACUGGAGAGAAACCCUACAAGUGCCUUGUCUGUGGGAGAGGUUUCAGCCAGACCGCACACCUUAUUUCACAUCAGAGGAUUCACACGGGAGAGAAACCCUAUAAGUGCCUUAAUUGUGGGAAAGGUUUCAUUCAAGGUUCACAUCUUCUUAGGCAUGAGAGAACCCACACAGGUGAGAAACCCUAUAAAUGCCUGGAAUGCGGGAAAAGCUUCAUUCAGAGCUCAGAUCUUAUUUCACACCAGAGAACCCACACAGGAGAAAGAGUCUAUAAGUGCCUUGACUGUGGGGAAAGUUUUGAUUGGAACAUGCAGCUUGUUAGACAUCAGAUGCACCAUACGGGAGAGAAACCCUACAAAUGCCUGGAUUGUGGGAAAGCAUUUAGUGACAGUUCAGCCCUUAUUAUUCACCAGAGACUCCACACGGGAGAGAAACCCUAUAAAUGCCUCGACUGUGGGAGAAGAUUCAAUCAGAACUCACUCCUUACUAGACACAAGAGAACCCACACUGGAGACAAACCCUAUAAGUGCCUGGAGUGUGGGAAAAGUUUCAAUCAGAGCUCAUAUCUAAUUGCACAUCAGAGAACUCACACAGGAGAGAGACCCUAUAUGUGCCUCGAGUGUGGGAAAAGUUUCAGUUGGAGCUCAGAUCUGACUGCACAUCAGAGAACCCACACAGGAGAGAGACCUUAUAAGUGCCUGGAAUGUGGGAAAAGAUUCCUUCAAAGCUCAAAUCUUAGUGUGCAUCUGAGAAUCCAUACAGGAAAAACACCCUAUAAAUGCCCCGACUGUGGGAAAAACUUCAGUCAGAGUUCAAACCUGACUAGACACCAGAACACCCACAUGGCAGGAAAAACCUCAUAAAUGCCUCGACUGUGGAAAAAUGUUUAGUGACAAAUCACAAUUUAGUACACAUCAGAGAACCCACACUGGAGAGAGACCUUAUAAGUGCAUUGAUUGUGGGCGAAAAUUUAAUGGCAAAGCAUACCUUAUUACACAUCAGAGAACCCCUACGGGAGAGAAGCCCUAUAAAUGCCUUUACUGUGCGAAAACUUUUUUUCAGAGCUCAGAUCUUACUUCACAGCACAGCAUCCAUAUGGGAGGGAAACCAUAUAAAUGCCAGGACUGUGGGAUAAAUUGCAAUCAUAGGUCACACCAAAUUCGACAUCAGAGGAUCUAUACAGGAGAGACACCUUAUAAAUGCCCUGAGUGUGGGAAAGAGUUUAGUGACAAGUCAUGCCUUAUGGGAUAUCAGAGAAUCCACACGGGAGAUAGACCCUAUAAAUGCCUUGACUGUGGGAAAAGCUUUAUUCAUUUCUCACAUCUUAUUGUGCAUCACCAAAUCCUUUCAGGAGAAAUACCCUAUUAAUGCCCUGACUGUGGGAAAAAAUUCCCUCGGAGUUCAACCUGACUAGGCACCAGAGAAUCCACAUGGGAGAAAUCGCCAUAAAUGCCUCGACUGUGGGGAAAAAGUUGAGUGACAAGUCACCACUUAACAUCAGUGAACCCACACUGGAGAUAGGUCCUAUAAAUGGCUGGAUUGUGGGAAGAGUUUCACUCAGAGUUCAGUUCUUAUUUCAUAGCAAAGGAUCCAUGGCGAACGCAGAGAUGCUUUGAAUGUGGGAAAUGUUUCAUUCAGAACUCACAACUUUUUACACGGCAGAGAAUACGAUCAGCCCCUCCCUGCUGCAGCCGUGGCUGCUGGGCCAAGGGGUCUUUCUGCCUCUGAGGGUUGACUAGAGAAGGAAAACUGGUUGGGGUUAGUAGCUGGCACGUUUAGCCCUGACCUGGACCAAACCUCUACCACUUCUAGUCUAGACCAACCUUGAGCAUCUCAUUUAUACAGUGGUCCCAAUCUAAGUUUCCUGUAAGCUGCGCGGCCAAGCAGCCACCCAGCAGGCUAUCAAGUGCCGCACAGUUCAGGUGCCCCUCCCCCCACUGCCAUGCUGCUCCUGGCCUCUGCCUUGGAACUGCUCCCAGGAGCCUCCCGCUUGCUAUGCAGAGCGGGUGGGAAGGGCGGGCGCUGAUGUGAGGGUGUCCCCUGCCCCUGUACCCCAUCUCUGCAGAGCGGGAACGGGGGGAACACGACGGGGCUCAGGAGUGGGAUGGAGGGAGCUUUCUGGUGGCUGCUGCUGUGUCUGUUUUGAGUGCCGGUCUACCUAAAAGGCCACAUACUUAAAGGGACAAUGCAUGUCUCUCUCUCACACACACACACACACGCUGUGUGUCUCUCUCACGCUCACACACCUCCCAACACAUACUUGUAUUGUUGUUGUUGUUCCUUCUUGAGACUUCCUGCAAUGCAUAUAUAUUCCCUGUAAUUUUAUUCUUUCAAAGUGCUGUUAUUUGAGUUUUUUGACUGGUCUAUGCAUUUGAUAAUUUUUAUUUCUCUCUUUCGCUUAAGUUUAAUUCUUUGAGCAGUGAGUUCUAAAAUGCCUAACCUGUCCUGGCUGGACUAAUUAUCCCUAUGGUAUCUUAUUAAAAAUAUAUAUU